AUGUUUGUUCGGAAGCAAAAGUCGUCUGAUGUUACGAGCUCGCUGCAGCGUUUCACCGACCUCCAUCGUGACUGCGCCUCUAGAGCGAAGCAUCUCAAACUUGUCCUCGAUGCAUUGGCUUCUCAAGAGAAACGUCAAUUUAUGGAGGAUCACAAUUUUGAAGCUUUUCAUCUUAUGGAUGAUUUGCUGCUUCAAGCUGAUCUGACUCAGGCUGGUCAAGCUGUUUUGGAAGCAGAAUCGGCCUUAUGGACUUUAGAACAAAUUUUGUGCUAUGCACCAGAAUUGGUUGGAAGAGGGUGGCAAAAGCAUGCUAUAGAAUUUGUGAUGAAAAAAGCUCUUUUUCCGCAUAAUUUAUUGGCAGUACGAAAAAUAGCAAUACGAUUAUUUCUGUUAUGGUAUCAAUGCUUAGCAGUUUACCAUAAUGGUCAACCUCAGUUGGAUAAUGUUUUCCAGUGUCUGCUACCUUACUUCCCGCUUAGGGAUGGUAGUAUGACUGAAAAUAUGUUGCAAAAUUACUGUCAAACAGUAGGUACUCCAACGGGCCCUGGGCCGAUCAAAAGUGGUCCGUUAAUUAAUAAUCCCUCUACUCCUCUACCUUCGGCUAAGGAGAAGGCUCAGUUGUUGCAGGUUUAUCUGGACAAAUUUCUUGAAUACUGCACGAGAGGCACUGUGCGAAUAGAGUGGCAGGACGAGUCUCAGCGAUUGGAGUGCGCGAAGUUUCUUGUUGAUCGUGUUAUUGUUCUGUAUAUAUAUGAAACUUUUCCUGAUAUUGAGACGAACGGAGUUGAUAUUUACGGUGGGUGGGAAGGUACUGAAGAACACGUUAGUGUUAGAGACACUGCUGAUCCAAUUAUCAUUGCCCGUUAUUGGCUUAUAAGGUGGAUGACGACCAUUGCUUUAACAACUUCUCCAGCUCUGAAUGACACUCUCGCUGCUGGUCAAGUGUUAUAUCGACAAGCUAUUUUUUCUAGCCGGAAAGCAACAAACACUUUGCUAACAUUAUUGAAGGAAGCUGUGAUGUUGCCGUUGCCAUGUUCGAAUGUUAUUUAUAAAGUGUUCUCUCUUAUUCGCAUGUGGUUGCUUCAACGUGAACUACCUCCUUUUAUUGUUGAUUCUAGCGUCUCGAUUGAAUCAUUGUCGUUAUUAUUGAUACACUUCGUCACUUCAUUUUUCCACAGUCCGCACCUGACAGCUUGUGUUGAGAGGCUUUCUUCGGCAAUAUCUUUAACCCAGAAUCUUCUUCAGCUAGCUCGAGAUUUGGCUAAUCCAGCUACACAACUAACGUAUUCGUUGUCACCACGUGUAUGGUGUGAGCUUAUUAAAAGCCUAGCGGACGGAAUUCGAGUUGUGACUUCGAGGUCGGAUGCAUACGGUCGGGCCACAUCUGGAGCUUUAGCACAAAACCUUCUUGUAGUUAUUGUAUUUGUCAGAGCAAUACGAGGAGUUGAUUUUGAUGAGAAGGUUUGGGACGACGUUUUAGCGGUUUUCCAGUCAGGCUGUUGGAUGCAAAUGGUUGAGCAGUGGAGCCGUGUCGUAGAUUGUGUUACGCGUGCACUUAUUUUGAAUCUUUUUGAAGUUGAUAUUGCUCCCCCAGCCAACAAUUCUUCGGGUUCUUUUCCUAAUAUUAGAAGAGAACGAAGUGAAGAAAUUGUGAAAACAGACGAAGAAAUCUCUGUUGGUGUUGGAUCAGAAGAUAGUAGGUCUGAAGUAGAAAGUAACUCCGAAGAUGAAAAUGCGCAGAUCAAUUCUGUUGUGCAGUCGACUGGCGACACUACUGUAUGGUUACGAGUGUGGAUGCGAAUUGUUAACCUUGUGUCUCCGUUACAUCCGUCUCAUGCUCAAACUGCUGUUCAAACAAUUUCGAGAACAAUAACGACACUGUUACGCGUUAGCGGAACAGACUCUCUUGUUCACUGGAUUUGCAGCCGACUUUUAUUGCUUCAGCCGGCUUUGCAAACUCAAUGCAUACCAGCUUUUUGCGCUGUUCUUUCGUCACUUAACCCACCUAGCUUAGUUCAGGCGCAUAUAUUGCUUGCAUUAACAAGAGCGAUUGGCACCGAUCAGUGCUUUGCAGUUUUAGAAAAUAUGCCAUCUAUGUCGCACGAACAUAUUUCUGCUUUAGCGAAACCUACUCUAGCUUCACUGCCUCAACUCAUCAAACAGUUUAACUAUUCUCCAAGAAGCAUACAGGUUGCUGCUUUACUAUCCCCUGACCAUUCGUCUGCGGAAGGCCUUCUUCUGAAUCUAGUUGGAACUACUUCUGCAGAAAUUACGCUUCCUGCCUUGUCUUUGGCGUUGAAUGCUUUAGCGUUACUGAUAAUAGAGCGUGCAGACACCAAACUACUUUCUGAAGUGUUAGGCCGCUUAAGGACUCAACGUGGCUCCAGCCGGUUGCUCCAUCUCUUUUGCACGAGUCUUAAUCAACUGACUCGGCUAGGACAGUCAGACACUCUUUUGGCACUCUUGAAAACCGCUUUGCAGCUGGUUACUGAAGAGCGGUGGUCCAACGAAUUGUUAUGGCAGAGUGUGUCAGUAAGUUUGUGUAACGGAGCGUUGCGUCGUAGCUUACUUGAGCGUGUAGUUCAGGAGAAGAGACAUUGCCUUGAGGGUUUGAUUCUGACACAUUAUCAUCAAUUCCCUCUUCCAUCUUUCUCUGUAGCUCAGUGGAAUUCUCUGGAAACUUCACAAAAAAAGUCAUCAACUCUUGGAAACACGGAACAGAUGAGCAGUGGGCGCAUAUACAUAGAUACCUGUUCUUCUAUCCUAUGUGUUGACCAUGAAAACGAAGUUAGGGUCACAAGCCGUACCACCGUAGGAAAACACUGUUGGCAGUUUGUUAUGGAAGACGGAAAGAAGCAGCAGGCAUCUAAUUUAAAUGACUGGUUGAAAAAAUUAGGAAAUCGGGAACGGAAGGCGGUGAAAACGAUGAAAGAGAAGGUUAAGGAUAGUGAAGAAAAUGAAGACCCACUGAAAGUUAGCGGAAUUGUCAAAUUUUUACUUUUUUGGUUACGUUUUUUAAAGAUAUUUUUGACACGUUUAAUCAUAAUUUUUUUAAAGAAACUGCCACGAUUACCCAGAUCGGUCGAAAGCGAGCCAGUGGAUUGCACAGAAAUGUAUUCUUAUCUACAACAGUGUCAAAGAACACCCUGCGUCUCAAGUAGGAAGAAUCGUGCGAACGUUGAAGCGGAUUCACCUGUCGUGGAAAAAAAGUUCGCUUUGUGGCGUCUACUUGCUGCAGAUUUUCAUUUUGUGGAUUCUGCCAAACAAACAGCUUCGAAUUUUGCACGCGACGUUCGACAUUUGGACCAGACCUGUGCCAGAGAGUUGCAUAAAAUAGCAGUUAUAUAUGUAGCCAAAGGACAAGAAGAUAAAAAUUCAAUUCUGUCUAACAGUGCUGGCUCAGAACCCUUCGAUGAGUUUGUUGCUGGAUUGGGUUGGUUAGUAAAAACUGGAAGGAAUCAUCUAGGCUACAGCGGUGGACUUACCGGUGGCAUCUAUGCUCCAUAUUAUGCCUCAGCUGACAAUGAGCUAAUAUUUCAUGUUAGUACCAAACUGGGAGGUGACGUAACUCAAAAACUAAAGCAUUUGGGGAAUGAUGAAGUCCAUGUUGUUUGGAGCGAACAUAACCGUCCCUAUCGAAGGGAUACCAUAGCAACUAGUUUCUGUGAUGUUCUCAUAGUUCUUUAUCGCAUUUCUACAGUUUUGAUGCGUGUGCGCAUUGAAACACAGAGGCCAUUGGAGUUUGGUCCAUUGUAUGAUGGUGCUCAUGUCCAUGUUAAACAGUUACCACAUUUAAUUCGAGACACUGUUCUUAACGCAUCAAGAGCUUAUCGCAUUGCACGUCCUGAUUGUAUAAGGCCACUCCAGCAUCGCGAAAGAGUUUUCCAGGAUACGAGAGAACAGCUAGUUUCUCUUUUCCCUUCUGCCGCUAUUCCAUUAGUUUUCGUUUGUACUGUGAAUUUGGAAGUGCAAUGGAACACUAUGAAUAUUUUGCCCAAAAAGAAGUGGCAUGUUAGGACUAAAGAGAAUGUGGCUCGAGUUCGGCGCGAUCAGAAACGUGCAGCAGAAGAGGCGGAACGGGUCGCUGAAAGAGCAAAACUAGCAGAACAGGAGUUCAAGGUUAAUCUUUUGCGCAAAAAUGCUGAGGACAGAUUUGUUGAUUUAUACGGUGUUCGACGGAAUGGUGAUGGCGAAAUUUCAGAACUAGUGACGUCAUCUGGCCAUGUCAAUUUUUUCGCUGAUCUGGAGGAGGAAACAAGGAAGAAUUACGGAGCUGGAAAUAAGGAGUAUGAAGAAGAGAAAAGAAAGGAACGAGAGGAAUAUGAGUCUAAAGUUGGAAUAUUGAAAUAUUUAGGGGAAGGUUCCAACGAGUUUACAAAAGUUAGUUUUUCUUUUUGUAAAAACAAUUACAUGUCAUCUGGUGUCCUUAUGGAAGAAGUUGUUAGUAUGGGUCAUCUUCAGCAAAAAUCGUGGUACGAUGAAGUCCCAAAGGAACGGGCUGUAAAAGCCUCUGAAAAAAAGUCGAAAUAUAAAAUAUGCGGCGUUGGUGAUAUCGGUGAACGUGCAGAAAGUUCUGUAAAAAAAAAACGAAGGAAGGAAAAUAAAAGGCACAAACACAAUAAAGAGGAGCACUCGAAGAAGCAUAAAAGGCGAGGUGAAAAACACAGAUAUGAACUCCCAAUGGAAAGAAAUGCAAAUCCUGCCUUGGAAAAGUUGCGCAUGGAACGUUUAAAGCGAGAAGAAGCUGAAAGGCAGAGGACGGCUGCCCUACUUUUUGCGGAUAAAAAGGAAGCGCAGGAGAAAAAUGAAAAAGCGACAGUUUACAAUUCUCAGUUCAAUCCUGAACUAGCGAGACAGAAUUUUAAGUGA